UGCGCUCCCCGCCCGGCGGCAGGAUGUCGUUUCCCAAAGCGCCCGUGAAGAGAUUUAACGAGCCUUCGGGUUGUGCACCAUCUCCAGGUGCUUAUGAUGUUAAAGUUUCUGAAGUAUCUAAAGGACCAGUAUCUUUUCAGAAAUCGCAAAGAUUUAAAAAACAUAAAGAAGAAUCUCAAAAUCUUCAUGAUGACCCAGACACUACCUUGCCUACUUCAGCUAAAAGAGCUAAGACUACGGGAUUGAAGAAGGAAUCUCAAAAGAAUGAUAAAGAUGUGAAGAGUUUAGAAAAAGAGAUUCGUGUUCUUGCACAUGAACGUGGUACUCUGGGCAAGCAGAUCCAGGAGAUGGAAUCUGCGAUGGAGAAAAUGGAAGCAAAACUAACUGCUGCAGUCAGGGAAAAAUCAGCUCUGUCUGCAAAUAACGCCUCACUGGAAAAACAGCUUAUGGAGCUAACCAGAGCAAAUGAGCUACUAAAAGCUAAGUUUGCUGAUGAUGGUAACCAGAAGAAUAUGAGAAUUCUCAGCCUGGAGUUGAUGAAACUUAAAAACAAAAGAGAAGCAAAACUGAAGAGUGUGCUGGCUAACCAAGAAGGCAUGGAAGUGAAGCUACAGAUGACUCAGAGGGAUCUGGAAGAGUCUAAAGGGAAAAUAGCACAACUUGAGGGGAAACUGGUUUCAGUAGAGAAAGAAAAGAUGGAUGAAAAAUGUGAAAUAGAAAAACUCUUAGAAUACAUUGAAGAAAUUAGUUGUGCAUCAGAUCAAGUGGAAAAAUACAGGCUAGAUGUUGCCCAAUUGAAACAAGAUUUGAAUGAGAAGAACUGUGAAGUUUUAAACCUCAAGGAGUCUAUUGAAGAAAAUGUCAUAUUAGCUAAACAAGUAGAAGAACUCAAUGCUAAAUGUCAGCUACUUGAAAAAGAAAAAGAUGACCUCAUCAACAAGAAUAAAGAACAGGAUGGAAAUCUAAAUGCUGAGAUGCAAAACUUAAAAAUGGAGCUCAUUCUUAAGAAGCAAAAGUAUGAACAGUUACAACAAGAAAAUUUGAAAAUUGAGUCACUUCUUCAACAAGAGAAGGAAUUAUCUUCUACCCUCCAGCAGAACUUAUCUAAUUGUCAAGAAGAAAUUAACAAAGAAAGGGAAAACUUUAAAGAAGAACUAAAAUCAACAUUGGAUGAGCUGGAGGAAGCACAGCAAAAGGACUUACAAACUGAAAUACUAAUCAACCAGUUAGAAAUGGACACCAGAUCUGCAAAAAGAGAACUAAGAAUCCUAAAAGAUCACCUAGCACAGAAAGAAGUUGAAGUGGAGAAAAAUAAUAUUAUUCAUAUGCAGGCUACCAUGAUUUUGCAGAAAAGCUAUAAUAAUACACUGCAGAACCUUGAAGAUGUUACUGCCGAAUUUAAAAGCUAUAAAGCAGCAAUUGCUAGUGAGAUGGAAGAUCUUAAACUUGAGAAUGCAUCUCUACAGGAAAAACUAGCCAUGGCUGAAAAGCACUUACAGGAUGUUCAACAUCAGAUAGUGACAACAGAAAGCACAAAUCAAGAAUAUGCAAGGAUGCUUCAAGAUCUCCAGGACAAGUCAGCACUGAAAGAAGCAGAAAUUAAGGAAAUCACAGAUAGUUCACUUAAAAAGAUAACUGACUUGCAGAACCAGCUCAGACAACAAGAGGAAAAUGUUAAGAAGCAACUAGAAGAUGAAGAAACAAGGAAAUCUGAGAAAGAAAAUACAGUGGUGGAAUUAACAGAGGAAAUGAAUAAAUGGCGUCUCCUUUUUCAAGAACUAUAUGAGAAAACCAAACCUUUCCAGCAACAACUGGAUGCUUUUGAAGCAGAGAAGCAGGCAUUGUUGAAUGAACACGGUGCAACUCAGGAACAGCUGAAUAAAAUAAGAGACUCCUAUGCUGAACUAUUGGGUCAUCAGAAUCUAAAGCAAAAAAUCAAGCAUGUUGUGAAAUUGAAAGAUGAAAAUAGCCAUCUCAAAUCGGAGGUAUCAAAACUCCAAUCUCAGCUUGCUAAAAGAAAACAAAGUGAACAAAAGCUUAAAGAAGAACUGAAUAAAGUUCUGGGUAUCAAACGCUUUGAUCCAUCAAAGGCCUUUCAUCAUGAAUCUAAAGAAAAUUUUGUUAAAAUCCCAUUAAAGGAAGGCAAUACAAACUGCUGCUAAGGUCCUAUGCACAUCAAGAAUCAUGCAAGUAAAUAUCUGAGAAAUUCGCUGCCAAAAGCCUAUUGGGAAUCACUCUAUUGUUGGAUAUUAUUUUUAUUACUAUGUUUAUACUAGAUAUUUGAUAAUGUAUUCAAUAUUAACUGCUGAUCCUUUGGCAUAUGGAAGGAAGUUGGACAUUUGUAAUUUUGUCUUUUGACA